AUGAAGCUCCUCACACUCGGCAUCGUCCUGGCUUCGACCAUUGUUAGCGUCAGCAGUCUUCCGACUGAUACUGACAGCAGGGCUGUCGGCUUCCAAAACAACCAUGACCAGCAAUUGGAGGAUCGUGAAGAGCGCAAGGGUGUUCGCGACAUCUUCGUUCCCUCCUUUGCCGGCGUCGAUACCACUACUGGCGUGCUCGCGGACCACCAGAGAGGCGAUGGCGCAGUUCCCCUCCGUGCCCGGCAGCUCCUGAAGAAAAACGCCAAGGGAAAGGCUGCCGGGGGCAAAGCAGCUCAGGGAAAGGCUGCCCGGGGGAAGGCUGCCGGGGGCAAAGCAGCUCAGGGAAAGGCUGCCCGGGGGAAGGCUGCCGGGGGCAAAGCAGCUCAGGGAAAGGCCGCUAAGGGCAAGGCCGCAGCUCCCGCAAAGGCCAAGGGCAAGGCCGCCACUCCCGCCAACGGUGCUGCUAAGAAGAAGGCCGCCGCUCCCGCCACACCAGCUGCUGGCGGUGCUGCCAAGGGCAAGGGUGCUGCCGGCGCUGCUCCCGCUGCCGGCGGUGCUGCCAAGGGCAAGGGAACCAACCCGCCUGCUGCCGCUCCUCCCGCUGGCGGUGCCCCUGCUGGCGGUGCUGCUAAGGGCAAAGGAACCAACCCACCUGCUGCCGCUCCUCCCGCUGGCGGUGCCCCUGCUGGCGGUGCUGCUAAGGGCAAAGGAACCAACCCACCUGCUGCCGCUCCUCCAGCUGGCGCUGCCGCUCCUCCAGUUGCCGCCCCUCCGGCUGCCGCCCCUCCGGCUGCUGCUCCUCCAGUUGCCGCUCCUCCAGUUGCCGCCCCUCCGGCUGCCGCCCCUCCGGUUGCUGCUCCUCCGGCUGCUGCUCCCCCGGCCGUGGUUCCUGCUAUCAUCCCUCCUGCUGCUGCUCCUCCGGCUGCUGCUCCUCCUCCGGCUACCGCUGCCUCCCCUGCGGCUCCCAACACUGCCAAGGUCCCCCUCAAGCCUGCGGAGCCAGCCGCCCGCCCCGCCCCUGUGGCACCUGCGCCGCCCGCACGCAACGCCGACUAA